AGAGAGAGGCAAACUGGAUUAAACGCUGCCAGCAGACACAGCAGCAGCAGGAGGAGGAGGAAGAGGGGUGCGAAACCUAAACAACCUGCUGCUUCUGCUGCUGGUAUAGAAAAAUACACCGUGAACGCCCAUUUUUAUCUUUAUUAAAUACAUCUUGGUAUUUUUGAUUCGUCCUCUCCGUUGACCUCUUCUGACACCGUUUGCAGGGACAAGCGGAGAGCGCUGCACGACAGCUGCUGUCAAUCAUGGCGGGCGAUAUGAUGUUACUCAUGAGAGGCUUGGCUAAGCUGAGCCAGGCGAUUGUAGAGACUCAAAGCAGCACCCUACGAAGUGGAGCUGUCCCGGGCGUUGGUGCUGCAGUCCAAAGUGUCCAAGCAGCUGCCGAGCAGGGCCUCUCUGCUGCUAUGAUGAAAAUGCAGGAGCUGUCCGGCCAACAGCAGCAGCAGACCUCUUCAGAGUCAGACUUUGACUUUCCUCAGGAUGAGAGUGAAUUUGCAGCUUCAGAGUUCAGGGAAGAAAGUGUGGACUUAACAUCAGAUCAAACAGGAAGUAGUGAUGACACAGGAGCUCAUCAGGGCACAUCAGCAGCUGGAACUAGCCACAUUGGUGGGAAAAAGUCGUUGUUUGAGGGAUACCAAGACCCCAGCAAACAGUUUAGUGGGCCAAUCAGAUCUUACCACCAAGAUGCCAGGCAUUUAUGGGGACAGCUGUAUAGUCAGCAUCAGCUCAGGAGCUACCAUCAGGACCCGUCCACAGUCGGCGGGCUGACAGCCGAAGACAUUGAAAAAGCAAGACAGAGCAAAAGGACUGAGGUCAAACCGCACAAACAGAUGCUCAGUGAGAGAGCCAGAGAGAGGAAAGUGCCAGUGACACGGCUCAGCAGACUAGCCAACUUUGGAGGUCUAGCCGUGGGUUUGAGUAUUGGAGCUCUUGCUGAAGUUGCCAAGAAGACCAUCAGACACAAUGGUGUGGAAGGUGAUAACAAGAAAGGUGUUCUGGACUCCAGCCCCUUCCUGUCUGAAGCCAACGCUGAACGCAUUGUCAGAACUUUGUGUAAAGUCAGAGGAGCUGCAUUAAAACUGGGACAGAUGCUCAGCAUUCAAGACGAUGCGUUCAUCAACCCGCAACUCGCCAAGAUCUUUGAGCGUGUCAGACAGAGCGCUGACUUCAUGCCAAUCAAACAGAUGACAAAAGCAUUAAACAGUGACCUGGGUCCAAACUGGAGAGAUAAGUUGGAGUCGUUUGAGGAGCGUCCAUUUGCAGCAGCCUCCAUUGGUCAAGUUCACCUGGCCAGGAUGAAGGAUGGCAGGGAGGUGGCCAUGAAAAUACAGUACCCCGGUGUAGCUCAGAGUAUCAACAGUGAUGUCAACAACUUGAUGACAGUGCUGAAUAUGAGCAAUGCCUUGCCUGAAGGUCUGUUUCCAGAACACCUGAUAGAUGUGAUGAGAAAAGAGCUGGCACUAGAGUGUGAUUACAUCAGAGAGGCUCAGUGUGCAAAGAAGUUCAGGGAGCUUCUAAAGGACCACCCGUUCUUCUAUGUCCCAGAGGUGAUAGAGGAGCUGAGCAGCAGCCACGUCCUGACCACAGAGCUGGUCUCUGGGUUUCCUCUGGACCAGGCUGAGAGCCUCACACAGGAACUGAAGAAUGAGAUCUGUCAUAACAUCCUGGUAUUAUGCCUCAGAGAGCUGUUUGAGUUCAGGUACAUGCAGACUGAUCCAAACUGGUCCAACUUCUUCUAUGAUCCACAGACACACAGGGUGGCGCUGUUGGACUUUGGAGCCACAAGGGGUUUUGACCAGAGUUUCACAGACCUCUAUAUCGAGAUCAUUCGCUCAGCUGCAGAGGGCGACAGAGAAGGAGUCCUGAAAAAAUCCAUUGAGAUGAAGUUUCUCACUGGCUAUGAGUCCAAGGCAAUGAUCAAUGCUCAUGUGGAAGCAGUUAUGAUCCUCGGUGAGGCCUUUGCUUCCACAGACACCUUUGAAUUCGGCUCCCAGUCCACCACAGAGAGGAUCCACAACCUGAUCCCAGUGAUGCUCAAACACCGACUCACCCCGCCUCCUGAGGAGACGUACUCACUACACCGUAAGAUGGGUGGCUCUUUCCUCAUCUGCUCCCGGCUGAACGCGAAGCUGCAGUGUAAGGACAUGUUCCAGACGGCCUAUCAGAAGUACUGGGAAGGCCGCACGCCACCAUCAUCCUCAGCCUAAGUCUGAUGUAUCAGGUAGUUUGACGGAAAGAUUGUGGGGCCAACGGCAAAGUGCAUGUCAGAGGUGUGGAGACAGAACCUCAGAGGCUAUGGUACCAGAUUUUACCCAUUUUUGGCAAGCCAGCACAUGACAUUUUUAAGGACUCUUGCAAAUAUUCACAAUCAUCUUUGGAGUAAGAGCAGCAACAUGGCAUCUGGAGUACUGUAUGGCCAAACUCUGUGUAUGACCAUGACAGAACAGACAGAGAUGGGAUGAGAGAGACAGACAGCCUUGUGUUAAAAAAGAAAAGGUGAUCUAUGAAUGUAAAAAGGUUGAAAUGUUAUCUCUUCUCUCACACUUUCAAUGGGACUUCUAGAUUUGCUUCACAUGUUUUGUAUUGCUGUGUUUUUUAUUGAGCUUUUCUGAAACUACACACCUGUUACAGCCCAGUUUGAAUAAGUCAGAAAUUGCAAUUAACUCAUAACAACAACCCACAGUCAGAAAAUAAUACAGUUGUUACUAAACACAGGCUGUAAGAGGCACUUUAUCGACAAGAGACCAAUGUGUAGGUCACAAAUGUGUCUGUUACUAUUGCUUUUCAGGUAAAUUUAAAAUGCAUAGAUAUGGAAAAUUAAGUUAAAUAUGGUAGUUUUUGUUUGGAUAAAAAUUUGAGUCAAGAUGUUGCAGGGAAAUCAGAAAGUUUUCGGAAGAGGUGACCACCCAAAAUUCACCUUUUUAAACACAAAUUGUCAUUUUUGUAGUUUAAUUUUAUUUAAAUCAUCCAAACUCCAUUCGCUGUUUAAAGCUCUGCUGUUUAUGGGGUGAAACCUAUGAGCAGGGUGUUUUCUCAAAUCAUCAAUCUGCUUCUAAAGACUGUUAACAUGACAAUCAAGAUCUGCAUUUGUGUAAUGUUUCUGCUGUAGGUGAUCAAGCCUCAAAUCAGUCAGACAGAGCUCAGGAGUUCAUCCAAAAAUCUCAACAAUAGGCCUCAGAAAAAGAUCCUUCAGACAUUUUUCAGGGGCAAUUUUUAAUCACCAAAGCAUCAUUUUUUAGAAGGGGAUUAUGAAUAAUGUUGAAAUGAGACCUAAGAAGAUGAGGUCAGACAGCCCACAUCAACACUAGCCCCUUAUCUUACCCAUGAGUGUUAAUGAACGACAGUGAUGGAAAAAGCUUGUCCUGAAAUUGCACAAGCUCAGCUUGUGGGCUCACCUUGCUUCCACAUGUCUGCCAUUUCUCCACGCCUCCUCGAGUGUGAAAUCCUCCGUCACCUGGCUGGUGUGCAUCUGUGAAAAGUUGUCACUGCUCUGCUGUGUGAAUACAGAUAUACUGGUGUCUGGUGUGAAGCUGAAAAACCAAGGAAAAAAUAAAUAAAAACGAGGUGCCUGUAGUUACCAGUGGGACAUUUUUAGCUAAAAAAGUUAACUUUAUACUUCAUAUCAAGAUUUGUUGAGAAGAUGGUUUAAAUUUUCUAACUGAACUGCGUUCUUUACUAAAAUAUGUGAAGAAGAUGUAUGAAAAGAGUAAAUAUUCAACCUUG